GAUUUGUAAGGACCUUUGCUGAGAGGACCGCAGAACCGCGCACUCUGUCACACUAAGGACAUCCAUCAGUGCAGCAGAACUCGGGGGAGUUUAGGGAGCGUGUUGUGAAGGAGGGAGCCGUGCCAUAGCGGACGCGCCGGGUCUAGGCUCGUGCACGCAAAGGACUUGACCGCAAGCCUCCACCGGGACCAUCAGUGGCGGGCGGUAAGAAGAGGAGGCCAUGUGGACCGCACGCCUGCUCUUCCUUGCUAGCCUCUUCGCACCGACCGCUCUGGCAGCCUUCAGUCGAGCCCCGAUACCCAUGGCAGUGGUGAGGAGGGAGCUGUCAUGUGAGAGUUACCCCAUCGAGCUGCGCUGCCCGGGAACUGACGUCAUCAUGAUCGAGAGCGCCAACUACGGCCGCACGGACGACAAGAUCUGCGACGCCGACCCGGCACAGAUGGAAAACACACGUUGCUACCUGCCGGACGCGUACAAGAUCAUGUCUCAAAGGUGUAAUAACCGGACCCAGUGUGCUGUUGUGGCCGGGCCAGAUGUUUUCCCCGACCCGUGCCCAGGAACCUACAAAUACCUUGAAGUCCAAUACGAAUGUGUGCCCUACAAAGUGGAACAAAAAGUAUUCCUGUGCCCAGGGCUUCUGCGCGGGGUUUACCAGAGUGAACACCUUUUUGAAUCAGACCACCAGUCUGGUGCCUGGUGCAAAGACCCUCUCCAGGCCUCAGACAAGAUCUACUACAUGCCCUGGACCCCCUACCGUACAGACACGUUGACCGAAUAUUCCUCUAAAGAAGACUUCAUUGCCGGAAGGCCGACGACAACCUACAAACUCCCACACCGCGUGGACGGAACAGGAUUCGUCGUCUACGAUGGGGCACUCUUCUUCAACAAGGAGCGCACCCGCAACAUUGUCAAGUUCGACUUGCGGACUCGCAUCAAGAGCGGGGAGGCCAUCAUUGCCAGCGCUAACUACCACGACACCUCGCCCUAUCGCUGGGGGGGGAAGUCGGACAUCGACUUGGCUGUGGACGAGAAUGGCCUCUGGGUGAUUUACGCCACCGAGCAGAACAACGGGCGUAUUGUCAUCAGCCAGCUGAACCCCUACACGCUGCGGGUCGAGGGUACGUGGGACACCGCUUACGACAAGCGCUCAGCCUCCAACGCCUUCAUGAUCUGCGGGAUCCUCUACGUAGUGAAGUCUGUGUAUGAGGAUGACGACAAUGAGGCUACGGGGAACAAGAUUGACUACAUCUACAACACGGAGCUGAGUAAAGACGGUUUCCUGGACAUCCCCUUCCCCAACUCUUACCAGUACAUUGCUGCCGUGGAUUACAAUCCCAGGGACAAUCUGCUGUACGUGUGGAACAAUUACCACGUCGUCAAAUAUUCACUGGACUUUGGAGCAUUGGACAAUAGAUUAGGUAAGUCCAAGUCUUCCUCCUCCGUGAUGGUGUUCAUGGACACGACGACGACAAGAACCACCACCCGCCCCACCACCGUCACCACGACGACCACCGUGGCCAACGCGGCCGCUGCAACAACCAGGGAUGUCGCCAUGACAACGCCGAUCAGCCAGCGACCGCGCACGACCUCCACAACGGCGGCCUCGCCCCGUACGCCCGCGGAUAAUUUUGUCCCAGAGGUUGACAGCAGGUCGCCGCCCUCGUCCAAGCUCCCCAACAUCCGGAUGGAGUUCUGCAACCCGCUGGUGAUGGCGGACAUCUCCUGGCCCAAAACCAGACAGGGCCAUACCACCAAGAUGCCCUGCCCGCCAGGAACCAUUGGAAUGGCCCUGUACAUGUGUAUGGGGCUGGAGGGCUACUGGGACCCCCAGGGACCUGACCUCAGCAACUGCACCUCCCCCUGGGUCAACCACAUCAGCCAGAAGCUGAAAGCUGGAGAGACAGCAGCGGUCAUUGCCAGGGAGUUGGCAGAGCAAACCAAGAGUAAUCUUCAGGCAGGGGACAUCACCUACACUGUCAAGGCCAUGGUUCAGCUGGUUGACCUCCUGGACGUGCAGCUGAGGAACCUCACCCCGGGCGGCAAGGACAGCGCAGCUCGCAGCCUCAACAAGCUGCAGAAAAGGGAACGCUCUUGCCGGUUUUAUGUUCAGGCCAUGGUGGAGACAGUAAACAAUCUGCUGCAGCCCCAGGCUCAGGCGGCCUGGAGGGAGCUGAGCACCGGGGAGCAGCUGAGGGCAGCCACCAUGCUGCUGGACACGGUGGAACAAGGCGCUUUCGUCCUGGCUGACAACCUGCUGAAGACCGACAUCGUGCAGGAGAACACCGACAAUAUCCAGCUCGAGGUAGCCAGGAUGAGUACGGAUGGAAAUCUACCUGACCUGAAGUUCCCACAAAGUGGAGGCCAGGGGAACUCCAUCCACCUAUCUGCAAACACUUUGAAACAGCAUGGAAGAAAUGGUGAAAUCCGGAUAGCGUUUGUGCUCUACAAACAGAUCGGGGCCUACCUGUCAACGGAGAAUGCCAGCAUGAAGCUAGGCAGCGAGGCCAUGGCUACCAACUACUCUGUCAUUGUCAACUCACCGGUUAUCACCGCUGCCAUCAACAAGGACUCCAAUAAAGUCUACCUGUCGGACCCAGUCAUCUUCACCAUCAAACAUCUACAGCAGUCUGAAGAGAAUUUCAACCCCAACUGUUCAUUUUGGAGUUACUCCAAGCGGAGCAUGACCGGGUACUGGUCAACACAAGACUGCCGCCUGCUUGGCACCAAUAGGACGCACACCACAUGCUCCUGCACCCAUCUGACCAAUUUUGCCGUUCUCAUGGCCCACGUGGAAGUCAAGAAUGCAGACCCAGUUCACGACAUGCUGCUGGAUGUCAUUACUUGGGUGGGAAUCCUGUUAUCGCUGGUCUGCCUCCUCAUCAGCCUCUUCACCUUCUGCUUCUUCCGGGGCCUACAGAGUGACCGCAACACCAUCCACAAGAACCUCUGCAUCAGCCUCUUCAUCGCCGAGUCCCUGUUUCUGGUGGGGAUCAACCGGGCCGACCAGCCGAUUGCUUGUGCCGUCUUCGCCGCCUUGCUCCACUUCUUCUUCCUGGCGGCGUUCACGUGGAUGUUCCUGGAGGGCGUGCAGCUCUACAUCAUGCUGGUGGAGGUGUUUGAAAGCGAACACUCGCGCCGACGCUACUACUACCUGGUGGGCUAUGGGGUUCCCGCCCUCAUCGUGGCCGUGUCGGCGGCGGUGGACUACCGUAGCUACGGCACUGACCGAGUUUGCUGGCUUCGCCUGGACACCUACUUCAUUUGGAGUUUCAUAGGACCAGCAACCUUGAUAAUUAUGCUCAACGUGAUCUUCCUGGGCAUCGCUCUCUACAAGAUGUUCCAUCACACAGCCAUCUUAAAACCAGACUCCGGUUGCCUGGACAACAUAAACUAUCAGGAUUACGAACCUGAGAUCAAGUCAUGGGUGAUCGGGGCCGUCGCGUUGCUCUGCCUGCUGGGCCUGACGUGGGCUUUCGGCCUGAUGUAUGUCAACGAGAGCACAGUUGUCAUGGCCUACCUCUUCACCAUCUUCAACUCCCUGCAGGGGAUGUUCAUCUUCAUCUUUCACUGUGUCUUACAGAAGAAGGUGCGUAAGGAGUAUGGGAAGUGCCUGCGUACUCACUGCUGCAGCAGCAAAAGCGUGGAGAGCUCUAUUGGCUCUGGUAAAAAUACCGCCUCGCGCACGCCCGGGCGCUACUCCACCGCGUCACAGAGCCGCAUUCGCAGGAUGUGGAACGACACGGUCAGAAAACAGUCCGAAUCGUCUUUCAUGACCGGCGACAUCAACAGCUCUGCGUCGCUCAAUAGAGAGCCCUACAGAGAGACAAAGGGAAUCCUGAACAAUGCCCGGGAUACAAGUGUCAUGGAUACUCUACCACUGAAUGGUAACCAUGGCAACAGCUACAGCAUCGCCAGCGCUGAGUACAUGAGUGACUGUGUCCAGAUCAUCGACCGGGGCUACAACCACAAGGAGACCACCCUCGAAAAGAAGAUCCUGAAAGAGCUCACCUCCAACUACAUCCCCUCCUUCCUCAACAACACACACGAGCACUCUGCCGAGCAGAACCGAAACCUGAUGAACAAGCUAGUCAACAACGUCAGCAACGGCGGCAAGGACACCGGUUAUGGGAUGGGCAUGGGCAUGGGCAUGGGACUGGGCAUGAACACCACGCUGGGCCUGGACGACCAUUCCUCCUUCGGGCCGCACCACGACGAGGGCCUGGGCCUGGAGCUGAUCCGCGAGGAAUCUAACGCCCCCCUCCUGCCCCAGCGGCCGCCGCCACCCUUGCAGGCGGUGGACAACCUCCACAAUCAUCUCCACCAGUCGGUGCCACCUCCCCUUCCUCUCACUCACCACCCCUUCAACUCUGCCACCACCUCCUCCUCCGCGCGGAGGAGGAUCCCCCAGGAGAAUAGCGAAAGCUUUUUCCCCCUACUUAACAACGAGCACACCCAGGACGAGGGCUCGUCACCCAGCCACAACCACCAGAGAGACUCCCUCUACACCAGCAUGCCCAUGCUGGCCGGCCUGCCGGACGUGUCCACAGCCUCGCCUGAUGGGUCCAAGGACGGCGUAGACACAAAGAGCCAAGAGGCCAGCUCAGACGACGUCUACUACAAGAGCAUGCCCAACUUGGGCUCACGCAACCACCUCCAUCAGCUGCACUCCUACUACCAGCUUGGACGGGGAAGCAGCGACGGCUUCAUUGUGCCCCCCAACAAAGAGGAUCUGUCCCCUGAAGAGGCCCACCAGGAGCCCUCACACUUGGUCACCAGCCUAUAGACAGAGCCCUACCAUCAAACCCCUCCAGUGUUGCUCCUCUUUUCACCGUGAUCUUCCUAUUCUUCCCAGUGUCACCUUGUUCUGAUUGGUCGUUGGCAGUGGUAGCCUUUGUUUCUAUUCUGUGUCCUGCAAGACUGAAGCAGAGCGAAAAAACAGCUCUGCCGUAUCGCCGUUACUGACCACAAA